GAUGAUUUCGACAUGGAUGUCCCUCCGACAACAGGAAAUGAAUAUUUGAGAAGAGUUCGACAAGAAGCUAAGGAAUGUCCUGAUGUGGUUGUAGCUAAAAUAGACACAGAAGUUUUUAAACAUAAACAAACUGUUAAAGUUUCCAAUCUUGUGAAAUGUUGUCCAGCGCCAAAAGGUUUAGCACCAAGUGUAGCCUGGCAGAAGUUUCAGAUCGAUAAGUUUGUUGAGCUGAGACAGAGUUUUAUCCAUCAUAAAGCUGUGAUGAAGAAAGAAAAUGUAAAGCUGGCUAAAGUGGUAGGUCCGAGUGCUAAUGAUGCUGAGAGAUGGUGCAAGUUAUGUUUUGGUAGAUUAGUGAAACAGACCACAGUUAAUGGUGAACUUGAAACUACAAUAGAGGGUAGUCCCCCUUUAGUUAGUAUACUAGCGGCCAUGGGACAGAACACUAUAAUAAAAGUGCUGCAAUAUCAUGUAAAUUGGUUUGAAGCUACAGGUUUCACUUCUCAUCAGGGUCGAUGGUUAUAUGCGUUAAUGACAGCUUUACAGAAACCUCUAAUACCAGAAGUAUGUAGUACAUUACGUUCCCUAGCUAGACUGGCUUCACAAAUUAGAGCUACCUUAACAUCAGAGGUAGAAAAUGAAAGUAGAAUUACCGAGCUGAACUUAUUAAUAUGUAUCGUUGCCAGAUAUUUUGACCAAGCUGAUUUGAUGGAU